UUUGGGUGUUCAGGUUACAACAUGAAGAUACAGUUUCACUUCUGUCUGCUGCUGUUAUGUGGAGCUGCAGAGGGCUUUAUAGACAAGCUUGUAGAUUUGGGACAGAAUGUGACUUUAAACUGUGAGAUUGAUAUAAGAGACGUAUACUGGUUCCUGAUGAAGCCCUCACAGCCUCCACUGUAUAUAUUACGAUCUUUUGCAAAAGCAUCCACAGUGCCUGUGUACAGCAACAGUAGCUUCAGCAAAAGAUUCUCACUGCAGAUAAAUAGUAGUUUAGUUAUACACAAUAUCACUUUGAAUGAAUUAGGAAUUUAUUAUUGCAUCUUAAAUGAAACACCACCUAAAAUUAGCACUGGCAUCAGGAUACUGCACACCAAUGAUCACCACAAUCAGACAGUGGAGAAUCAGCAGCUGCGGAAUGAGACACAGAACACAGAGAUCAGAGAGAUCAGACUCUGGCAAUCCCUUCUCAUCAUGUCUGGCCUGCAGAUCUGUGUUCUCAUCAUUGCAGUAACAGGUGUGAUAGUAAGCCACUGCAAAGAGUCUCCCAACAACCAACUGCAACUUCCAGACUCCACUAAGCAGACCAGUGGCGUACAGAAUAUGUUUUCAGUGAUUCUACAGGAAGGAGUGCAAACCGGCCACAGAAGCAGCUUCACUGUGGUGGAGUUUACUCAGCUUAGCCCUGUGCUGUAGGACCAA